UAUAAAAAUGGAGCCGCGGCAAAACAUCCAACUUCCUCAAUUCCAUAUCCUGAGCUUUUUCUACAGUAUGCGAAGGCUACACGCUCAGUGAUCCCGUUCACAAAGAUUGCUUUCCCUGAAAUGUGUGAUCCUGAUGUCGAUAUACCAAGGCAACCGCUCUGUGAUAAUGGAACCAGCAUGAGAGAAGUCGUCAUCCACGAGAUAGCUCGAGCUCGAGCAAGCACAGAAUUUCGACCUCUUGUGGUUUACGAUUUGGAUAGCUUUGCCAUCGAAGAAAAAACCAGUCGUCCAUCAUCUUUUGCAUUGGCUAAUAACGAUUCAGCACGGGCAGGUCAUGUUGAUAAGAAAAUUGAUCAUCUUGUUUUUGAAAGCCGUUUUGAAUGUGGAAAUUUGCGGAGAGCGACUCAGGUGGGACCUACUCAUUAUGAACUGAUUCUGUCACCAGACAUUAAUCAAAAGAAGGAGCAUUAUCAAUGGUUUUAUUUUGAGGUCUCAAAUAUUGUAAAUAACCUUCCAUAUACUUUCGAGAUUAUUAAUUGUCUGAAAACCACAUCGAUGUAUAGCAAAGGAAUGCAACCCGUUAUGUAUUCUGUAUGUGAUGCGUUAGCUGGACACCGUGGGUGGGUCCGCGCUGGUGAAACGGUAUGCUAUUAUCGUAAUCUGUACAGUUCUGGUGAGGAUAGUGACGCCGAUGAAAGCAAGUCCAGGAAACGGUAG